UGUCGGAACCCGUCGAGCACAGCGGCGGGGAAGUGGUGUGUGUGAGCGAGGGCGGUACGCUGGCAUUACGGGUGCCGCAGGGAAAGAAGCCGACGAGCCGCGGAGACGACCUGUUCUCAGAGUGGAGAGGAACGUUGAGUCCGAAAAACUACCCGGGUGUGCGUCCCGGAGCGGACCCGGGAGGGGCUUUCCGAGCCCGCGACGUCAGCGCAACAACGUUCUCCCCGCCGCGACGCUCUCUGGGGAGGGAUCCAGCCCAACUCCGCGUCCACGGCUCGCGACCUGUCAUUUACUCCAUCCUUUAUAGUGAUGCUACAGAACAGAGAGGAAUGGAUAAAAAUAUUGGUGAGCAACUCAAUAAAGCUUACGAAGCCUUUCGACAGGCAUGUAUGGAUAGAGAUUCUGCAGUGAAAGAACUACAACAAAAGCAGACUGAGAACUAUGAGCAGAGAAUACGUGAGCAACAGGAACAGCUGUCACUUCAACAAACUAUUAUUGACAAGCUAAAAUCACAGUUAUUUCUUGUGAAUUCCAGUCAAGAUAACAGUUUUGGCAAUGUUCCCCUGCUUGAAGACAGUGAAGCAAGGAAGAAUAAUUUGACUCUUGAGCAGCCACAUGAUAAAGUAAAAUCAGGAAUACCAAGAGAAAAAGAAUCAAAGGUAAGAAGACAAGAGGUUUCUUCUCCUAGAAAAGAAACUUCACCAAGGAGUCUUGGCAUUCCUUUAUUCCAUGAAAGGGCUUCUAUAGAGAAGACUUUCCAGGAUCUAAAAGAAGAAUUUCAUAGAUUAUGCAUGCUAGCAAAAGCACAAAAAGACCACUUAAGCAAACUUAAUGUACCUGCCCCUGCAACUGAAGCACAGUGCUCUCUCCCUAUACAGUGUACGGAUAAAACAGAUAAACAAGAAGCGCUGUUUAAGCCUCAGGCUAAAGAUGAUAUAAAUAGAGGUGCACCAUGCGUCACAUCUGUCACACCAAGAGGACUGGGCCGAGAUGAGGAAGAUAGCUCUUUCGAAUCACUUUCUAAAUUCAAUGUCAAGUUUCCACCUACGGACAAUGACUCUACUUUUUUACAUAGUACUCCAGAAAGACCCAAUAUCCUUGGUCCUGUCACAUCUGGGGCAGUGUGCCAGGAUAAAUUUAAUAUGGAGUUCAGAGACAACCCGGGAAACUUUGUUAAAACAGAAGAAACUUUAUUUGAAAUUCAGGGAAUUGACCCCAUAGCAUCAGCUAUACAAAACCUUAAAACAACUGACAAAACAAAACCCUCCAAUCUUGUAAACACGUGUAUCAGGACAACUCUGGAUAGAGCUCCGUGUUUGCCACCUGGAAACCAUAAUGCAUUAUAUGUAAAUACAUUACCACUUCAGGACCCAUCUGAUGCACCUUUUGCUUCACUUGAUUCCCCGGGAAAAGCUAUCCGAGGACCACAGCAGCCCAUUUGGAAGCCCUUUCCUAAUCAAGACAGUGACUUAUCAUCGGUACUAAGUGGCACAGGCUCAGAACUGCAUAUACCUCGAGUGUGUGAAUUCUGUCAAGCGGUUUUCCCACCGUCCAUUACAUCCAGGGGGGAUUUCCUCCGGCAUCUUAAUUCACAUUUUAAUGGGGAGACUUAAGUUGCAGUUGAAAACAGCUCUGUGUGAUGAUUCUAGGUGAUCAUCAAGUUCUGUGUGAUGAUUUUGGGUUUGUAAUACUAUAAAUAAUUGAUUGCAAACUUAGUUCAAGAUUGUUUAUUGAAAAAUAGCUGGGUCAAGAUUGUUUAUUGAAAAAUAGCUGGGUCACAGCUAUUUGAGUUUUUCCCUAAACUUGCAUUGUAACUUUUCUUUUAUCAUCUUUUAAAAGAUCAUUCUGUACGAAACUAAUUCAUUGUAUUCAUGUUUACAGUGUUUCUUACCUUAAUUUAUGUUUGUUUCAAAUAUCUAAGCUUAUUGCUUGGAUUUCUAGUUUGAUCUGUUGAAUUUGGUGAUGUCAAAUGUUUAUAGGGUUUUUCACUUAAAAAUUAGAUUAUUUAUGCUAUAGGUGAUUUUUUAAAAAAAUAAACCUAUAAUACAGAACAGCAGACAACAUAAAUGUCUAAGUAAAUACCAAACCUAAGACAUGUGUUGCCAAGUGAUAAAAUCACUGGUAGAUUUAAACACUUUAGAUUGUUUUGUUAAUAAUAUACAUAGUUUAAAUUUUACUGUGUUUAUAGCUACAUGAUGAAAUGAGUUAAAUAUUUAAAAAAUUACUUGUGUUGUGAUCAUUAAAUGUAUUCUUUGUUCCUGAGUGAAAAAAAUAAAGGAAUAAAUCACAUUUUGGGGAAGUUCAUAACAUUAAUGUUUUCUAAUAAUAAAAGGGUGAUGAUAUCAGAUCUGGUGAUAUUUAA